AGGGCGGGGCCUCCCGGGAAUCCCGUGGGAACGGGCGGGAAUCCACGGGGAGCCCGUGGGGAUCCGUGGGAAUCUAUGGAGGCCCUCAGGAAUCCAUGGGGAAGCCACGGGAAUUCACGGAAAUCCUAGGGGAUCCGUGGAGGUCUGUUGGGAUCUGUAGAAAUCUGUUAACGCCGCAGGAAGCCAUGGGAAUUCUCAGGAAUCCACAGGAAGUCCACGGGAGUCCGUGGAAUCCUCAGGAAAUCCAUGGGAAUCUAUGGAGAUCCAUGGGAAUUCACAGGAAUUCAUGGAAGUCCAUGGAGAUCCAUGGGAGUCUAUGGGAAUCCUCAGGAAUUCGCGGGAACUCACGGAAAUCCUCAGGAAUUGAUGGGAAACUAUGGAAAUCCUCAGGAAUCCAUGGGAAUUCAUGGAGGUCCAUGGGAAUCCUCAGGAAUCCACAGGAAAUCCAUGGAAUCCACGGGAAUCCACGGAAAUCCAUGGGAAUCCCGCCCCGCACUCCCCACCACCAACUCCAGAUCCCACAACUCCUCCAUUAUUCCCUCCUGGGUGGGAGCAAAACCAGAGAAUUCCUGCGGUUUUUGGGAAUGUUGGGUCAGCUGGAGCCGGCUCCUGGUGGUCCCUCGGUGGUGGUGGUGAUAAUGGUAACGAUGGCGAUGGCCAGCAGUGACAGUGACAGCGAGGACAGUGACCAGAGUGACAGUGACAACAAGGACAAUGACAAUGACCAACAGUAGUGAUGGUGAUGAUGACCAUGACCAACAGUGGUGACCAUGACCAGCAACCAAUGAUGGUGACAACAACAAUGACAAUGACCAGUGGUUGUGUCAAUGGCCAUGAUAAUGGUGGUAGUGAUGACAACGACCAUGACCAAUGGUGGUGACAAUGCCCAAUGAAGGUGACAAUGACCAACGAUGGUGACCAUGACCAUGAGCAACAACCAGCAAAGGUGACAAUGACAAUGACACCAGUAGAAACCGAUGAGAGUGACACUGAUGACAACUAUACCGAUGAUGACGACGCCACCACCGAAGGUGCUGUGGCCAGUGCCAGGCCAGGCCCCUCCACCACCCCCUGCAUGUUUAUUUAACUCAUUCCUGCUCUUUUCUCACCAAAAAACGCCCCCGAUCCGAAGGCUCCGCUUGAUUCAAGCCAUUAAUUAAUAAUUACUUGUUAAUAAAUAGCAAAGAUGAGGCAGCUCCCAUGGGGUCCCUCCACAGU